GGGUCACAUUUGAUCAAGAGCUGCUUUCUCAGACACAUAGACACGAUCUCGCUGCCUCUGAAUGAAGAUUCUUCCCCGAAUGGAGCAGAUAGGGAUGAAGAUACUGAUUGUGCUUGUUCUUGGAAUGAACUUGCCGUCUUGUGCAGGUUUUCCGGUGUAUGACUAUGACCCGUCCUCCUUGCGGGAAGCCCUCGGCGCGUCUGUGGCAAAAGUGAAUGCCCAGUCCUUGAGUCCGUAUCUGUUUCGAGCCUUCAGAAGCUCAGUCAAAAGAGUCUAUGUCCUGGAGCAGGACAGCUUGAACAUGGACCUGGAGUUCGGCAUUCGGGAGACCACAUGCAGGAGAGAUUCUGGAGCAGACCCUUCUACCUGUGACUUCCAAAGGGGCUACUACGCGCCGGCAGCUGUUUGCAGAAGCACAGUGCGCAUGUCUGCCGAGCAGGUGCACGACGUGUGGGUUCACUGCCGCUGGUCAUCCAGUUCUGAGUCUAACAGCAGCGAAGAGAUGGGUUUUGGGGACAUAUUUGGUUCCUCUACAUGGAGAAACAGCUAUCUACUUGGUCUCAUUCCUGACAAAUCCAGAAGUGAACAGUUAUAUGAACGGUCACUUGAAAGCCUGAGAAGGAUCUUUCCUCCUGAGAAUCGAGGGUACCCGUACAGGAGGCACAGAGCAAGAACAGACACUGGCUUUGAGUAACGGCCUCGAGCAAAAUGCAUCAGAAGGAAUAGAAGUUCCAGUGAAGAAAGAUACUUCAUGAACUGUGUAAUUUUUCUUUUGAUCAGUCCCAGUCCUUAAUAAAUGUCUUACUCUUC